UAACGCGGAUUGUCAUCGUAUGUGUCAUACACAGCCGUGCUACGAUGCUCGUGCUGUAGGCUGCAAGCCCCUGUUCUUAGGACUGGUGGCACUUACCACGAAGACGAAGGAAAGGUUCCUCUGCAGGCGUUUUCCAAUGGCUGAAAGAACCAUAUCAACGCAAGUGGUCAACACUAACCACUCUUCAGAGACCAUCUGCAGCCGUCCUGACGGCCCAUCCAGGAACACGGUAACCGUGUCCAUCAUGACAACCUCCUCUCUUCUCCUUCUUGGACUCAUCGUUUUUCUCAUCUAUUCCGGCAAAACGCUCCGAGCUAAUGAAUUUACGAUACAACCAGCAGCCAAUUAUACAGCGUUUUACGAUGCAUACGGACAUUAUCAGCGCGAUGGUUCCCUGGACCGUGGCCGCGAGGUAUUGACGGGCCCAUGUGAGGACCUAAACGAGCAACGCUACUCAUCUUACUUCGACUACGACACCAGCGUCUGCUCUGCGUUCCUCGGCGACCUCCGCUACUGCCUCAUGGGAGACAACCGCUUUCAUACCAGAGAUGAUUGCAGGAGAGCGUGCAUUAACCCAGGAUUUCAGAAGAACCGUUGCAAGGAGAUGCGAACUGGUUAUUGCACGGGCCCUUACGACAAGGUUUACAACGUCAUCUUUAACGGACGCUGUCGCGUUUCCAAGUCGAUGCUAUGUCUGCAAGGGAACAACAGGUUUCUCAACAUCGAAGAGUGCGAGAGGUUCUGUUGUGCGUCAUGCAACAGCGAAUAUUGUUUAGCACCCGUCAUUGAAGGCCGGUGCUUGACAUCAGACCUGCAGUAUCGCUUCUACUAUGACAAUGCGACCCGGCAGUGCCUGAACCAUAGAGGGAUUUGCCUGAAGGGACGCAACCGAUAUCGAUCUCUGGAGAGCUGCGCGAGCCACUUUCCGAUAAAGAGUGAAAGCAGGAUCAGGUGCGCGUGACCCCGCGCAUCGGGAGACGUCACUAUUCGUCAGCCGGUGCAGUACAAGAAGUAUGGAUCACUUGAUGCUAUUACAAUAUGCAUAUAUCCCUGAG